UUGAACCCUAAUUAGAACGAAGAACAGGGAGAGUGAGAGGGAAAGAAAUCUGUAGGAGAAGAACUGGAUGAGGAAAGAGAGGAGGGAGCACGAGAUGAACGAAACAUCAAACUGGAGAAACCUCAAAUCGGUGAGAACAGAAAAAGGAAGAGCUCGGGAUUUUCUUCAAAAUCGAUAACCCAAAAACUGCUCCUCAUCGUCGUUCGUUCAUCGUCUCUGCGCCGCUCGCAUCAUCGCCGUUCUUCUUCCCCCUUUAUUGCCUUCGGUUCUAUAUGAUUUUUGGUCUGGGGUUUGCAUCAAGGUUUGGGUAUUAGAUCUAGGUUCGAGGUAUGGUGGUAGGGUGAGCUGAUAUGGGUUAAUGUUGUUGAUGAUCUGUUCUCUGUGUCUUAAGUCUGCUGAAAUUAGAAAAUAGAAAUCAAUUUGGAGAUUACCUAGAACUAACAUUCUUGGUUGGGUCUGCUGAAUUUAUUGCUUGUUACCUUUGAUAGCUGGGUUCGGGAAUGGUGGGGAAUGGAAUUGAUACAAUCUUGAAUAUGGCUUGGUGUGGGAUAUCGCGGAACAUGAUUUGUGGUCAUUAGCUGGUGCUGUUGGGAUUCACAUGGCUAGGUGUUUGUAGCUAUGAUAUGAAUUUUUCUGUAUAGAAAAUAUGUCUACUAUCUGGAUAUUUGUCUAUUCAUCUGUGUCCAUAUAGUGGACUUUAUCUCUUACUUAUGAUAAGGUGUUGAGUUUGAAGAUUGGUGUGGUGGUGGAAUCCAAGUGGAAGAAGGAUCUUGAAUUUUUGUGUUGCGGUGGCUCUGUUUUAUUUUUGUUUCCAGUUUCUUAUGAUGAUAGGUGUUCAAAGAGGUGGGUUGUGGAGAGGAAUUGAAAUGGUGGGGAAUGGAAUUGAGAGGGACAGAUGGGGAUUGAGGAUUUUUUUUUAGUUGUUUUAUUAUUUGUUUUUUUAUGUUUUAUAAAUUAAAUUAUUUUUCUAAGUAAAAUAUGUAGACGCCACGUCAGAUAAUGAAAGGAGAACCGUUUGGUCAACUAACGGAACCAAAUGGAUAUUGACGGAAGGGCAUCGACGUCACACUUUAGAUACAUAAGGGAGCUUGACCGUACAUUUUAAACACGGGGGGUGCAUAUCGCACAUUCGUGAAACAUCAGGGACCCAAACUGGAAUUAAGCCUUGAAAUUAAAUCUGUUUGGAUUAGAAUUUGCCAAAUGCUACAAACUAUAUACCCAGCAUGAGCUCUAUAUUGAGAUUUCAAUCUUGCAAUGGUGUUCACGAAUACUUUUCGAGAUCAAGCAAGAAUGUGACUUCACACGCCCAACUUAAAUCCUGUAUUUUCUGAACCUAUUAGCAGACACAGAUAUAGAGAACAAAAUUAAUGCUUAUAAAAUGUAGCAUUGUAUUCUGCAGAAGUGAUUACACUGUACUUUUGCUUCAUUUCAGCAAUUCUUCUGCCACUCAACAACAGAAUCACAAAAUAACCCAUUAACUUAAUACAAGGGGAGGCUUGUUUUAUUAGUGAAACAAAAGGGUAAUCAGGGCUUUUCACUCACUGCAAGUUUUAUUCCUCUUUUGUGGUGUAGUUACACUGCACACAACAUGCUAUUUGUGUGAUUGUCCAUUUUUGGUGCCAUGUUACCUUUGCACAGUAACAUAGCACUAGUGUGAGGGUCUUAGGUAUUUGACCAGCUACCACAUUUCAGUACUAGAGAUUUUGAGGCAUAGUGGUUUUCAUAUGAUAGCCAUGACCAUGAAUGAACCAUUGGAGAGCAUCAUGGAGGUGAGGGGAGAUUUCAUGGUUUCACCUGCUGGUGACAGUGAACCAACUUUCAGAACUGCCCAUUUUCUGAAACCCAUUGCUACCUCCAUUGAUGGAACCGUUUCUGAGACACUCUCAUCCUCUAUGCCACCCAUGCUUGAAACUGAACCAAGGGAGUGUCCUUUGAAAGUCCAUUUCAAUGGCUGGCGCUCUUUGCGGAAGAAUUGGAAUAGAUGGGUGGAUGCACUUUGUCUCAGGUAUGCAGCUGUGUGGAAGAAAGUUGGCAUCUUUGAAGCCAUCAUGAGCACCAAGUGCAGCAUUGUGAAAAAUUGUGACUUGGCAUUUGGGGUUGCAGAAAAAUGGUGUUCUAAGACAAACACCUUUGUGUUUCCAUGGGGUGAGGCCACUAUCACAUUGGAGGAUGUCAUGGUUUUGGGGGGUUACCCUGUUCUUGGUGACCCUGUUUUCACCUCACUUCCGAAUCAGGAAAUGAGAGAGGUAGAAGAAAAAUUGAUUCUUGCAAGAAAAGAACCCUGGAAGAGUAAACAAGGUAAGCCUCGUGCAUCAGCAUGGAUAGAUACUUUCAUGAAUAGUGGGAGUGAAAUGGAGCAUGAAGCAUUCCUUGCUACUUGGUUGUCAGUGUUUGUUUUUCCUCAUGAAUAUUUGGUAAAGAAGUGUCUCUUCCCUAUUGCUAUUCUUCUUGCUAGAGGAAAUCCCAUUGCUUUGGCACCAGCAGUUUUGGCUAGCAUAUAUAAGGAUUUGGGCGCGUUGAAAGAAACAAUAGCUGAUUUGACAAAAAUUCCAGUAGCUGCUGAUAAAUUGGACAAGGAGUUAGAGGUUACUCCUGAGUCACCCUUUUACUUGGUUCAAAUUUGGUUGUGGGAAAGGUUCCUAAAUUUGCAGCCAGAGCCCAAUGUGAUCAAAGAUGGAGACCCUUUAUUGUUCAGGUGGCACAAGGUUAAGGGCAUGAAAAUUGACAAUGUAAGGCUGGCACUGAACUCAGCUAUGGGUGAUUUUCUCUGGCGUCCAUAUGUUAGAUAUGGUGGUAAGUGCAGGGCAAUUUAUCCAGAAAAUGAAAUUCAGCAGGUACCAUUUGAGGCAGAUUUGGACAAAGAGCUAGCCUCAUUCGUUAGAUGCAUGAGAGUUUCUGAGCUUGUUGGAAUUGACUCAACCAUCAUGCAGUACUGCCCUCAUCGAGUUGCUAUGCAGUUCGGAAUGGAUCAAGAUGUCCCAGAUUGUGUGCCGGUAUUCAGAAGGACUAAAGGUAUUGCUUGGGAAAAUUAUUGCAGGCCCAUAUCUGAUAGAAAUUUGUAUUUUCCAUCAAGGCUUUUUGAGGCAGAUGUUACCACACGUUAUGCAAAGUGGUGGAAGUAAUCAGUAAUGCAUCAUCAAGAUUUUGCUGUCAAUAUUGUGCAUAGGAAAAGAAGCACAAUGCCAUCAACAUGUGGUCCUCAUGUAGUAAAAGCAAACACAAGUGGUAAUGUUGCUCAUGUUCCACCUGUGUUUCCUCCCAAGCUUAUUAGCACUGUUAUUGUUGGAAAAUCUUGUGAUGAUGGUUCAAAAAUUGUGGAGGUUGAUAAUGAUGCCGAUGUUACUCCCGGUUUUCUUCCUAAUCAUUUGCAAGUUGUCCCUUUUGGAAAUUCUGUUCAAGAUGGUUCCAAAGCUAAUGGAAAUACUGAUGCUGAUGUUCCAACCAAUUUUCCCCCAAAACAUGAUGCACUGAGUCCUUGCAUUUAUGUGAAGAAUCCUAAGCCUGUCUUGGAAGAGUACAAGUGUUGUGGCAUGGCUCAAGGUUUGGCUAAUGUAAAAGAUAACACUGUAACUUCAUUAGGGAGAUUGAAGGAAGAUUUUGAAGAUGCAAAUGGGAAUAAAGAAUCAAUGCUGUCUACUGAUAGAGUAAGGCUAUCUGGGAUCCAAGGUGAAAGCUGUGUAAAUGUUGUGGAACUUAAAAGGAGAAUUCGCAGACUUGAGAGAGUGAUUUCAAGAUUAAAGAAAGCAAGGUUUGGAAACAUUUGAACAUUUAUUAGCUGAUUAGACUAAAACAUUAUCACUUGUUAACAUUUGUUGUGUCCUUUUUUUAUGCUUUGGGAGAAUGGAGGGAGGAUAAUAGAAUGAGGAGUGAAUUGAGAUUUGAGAAUGGAUUGGGGCAAGUUUCAUUUUACAUAUUUCUAUACUUGGUAUAAGAUUUUGGUGGUUUGUCUGA